AUGACCAAGCUCGGUCACCCGCUGGGAGAAGUGAAUCUAACCAAAGCAGCUGGAGUUUACGGCACAGUCCAGGCUAUUUUCGACGCCGGGAAGGAGUCCCAGGCCGUCUUCUGUCAUGUCUGUCCUCAUUGCGCCACAUUAGAGCUCAUCUUUCAUAAAAUUCGCACAUCUACAUCGGUAGAGCCCGCAGCGUUUUUGCGGAAAUCCUUUCAAAUGGUUGAACGUCUUGGUGCCAAAGCUAUAAUAUUCACAGUGGACGUCGGCUGGGAGUCAAAGAGGACUUUGGAGGCUCGCACCAACGGAGAAAUUCACAAAUCUUCUCUUGGGGCUUUUAUGGCCACGGGAGGAUUCCGGGAUCGCAAUUUGUUUUGGGAUGAUAUAUCAUGGAUCCGUCGCUACACAAAGCUCCCGAUUAUCGUCAAAGGCGUGCAGAGUACCGAAGAUGUUGAAUUAUGCGUCAAACACGGCGCCGAGGGAGUUAUGAUUAGAUUGCAAGUCCAGAUAGAAACGUAUCGACCUGAUCUAUUCAGAAAGUUCGAUAUUAUGAUCGAUGGCGGUGUUCGAUCAGGGGCCGAUGUCGACCUUGCUCGGCUUCAGCAAAUGGAAACUGCACCAUCCUCCUUCCUCAUUGUCGGCUCUGGUGUCUUUGGCCUUAGCACCGCCUGGGCAAUCACAAAAAGGUCACAAUUUGCCAAGACCUCCAUUACAAUCGUCGACGAUGCUGCCAACGGUCAAUUCCCCCCGGAUGACUGCGCCAGUGUCGACUCCUCCAGAAUCAUAAGGGCCGAUUACGCUGACCCUCACUACACCGCCUUUGCGUCAGAGGCUCAGAAGGAAUGGAGGAAGCAGGGUGAUGAUGAUCUAGGAGGCCAAGGUCGUUAUACCGAGUCAGGUUUUGUUCUGACGGCAUAUGAACCCAAGGAACUCAAAGUCGGAACAAAGUCUGGAAUGGAUUAUACCAAGGAGAGUUGGAAAAAUUGUGUCGACGUUGCUGCCAGGGACGGAUAUCCCGCGGACAGGAUCAAGGUCUUGGAGAACACCAAGACCCUCAACGAGUGCUUGGGAACCGAUACGUACCCUGGUGAUUGGGGUUACCUAAAUACGCUGUCCGGAUGGGCUGAUGCUGGACGGGGGAUGGAAUGGCUGUAUGAGCGGGUAAAGGCGACUGAGCGGGUGAAUUUUGUCAAUGCAAAAGUCGACUAUCUGGCCAACGAAGGCGACAGGGUCAUUGGCGCAAAGCUGACGGACGGCAGACUUGUUACCAGUGAUGUUGUUCUAGUCGCUGCCGGAGCUUGGACGGGAUCUCUUGUUGACUUGAGAGGACGAGUUGAGGCGACGGGCCACGUGCUGGGAUAUAUUGACAUCAGUGACCGAGAACUUGCCUUGCUCUCCAAACAACCCGUUGCUCUGAACCUGUCAUCUGGACUGUUCAUCAUCCCACCACAAGAAAAUACUCUCAAAGUCGCUCGGCACAGUUUUGGCUACCUGAACCCGGUCAUGGUCCACAAUGCCUUGCCUCUGUUCCCGUCACCAGAAAGACCUUCUUUUGUUACCUCGAGACCGUCAACAAGCCGCGACGGUGGUCUUGCCCGUCUGCCAGACGAGGCAGAUGCGGAUCUGCGACGUGGCCUCGCCAAACUCUCUCCAAUCAAGGGUCUUGAGACGAGACGUUGGAAGGGGACUAGGCUGUGCUGGUAUUCUGAUACCAAGGAUGGCGAUUGGCUGGUUGACUGGCAUCCUGGAUGGAAGGGCCUGUUUAUUGCUACGGGAGAUAGUGGUCAUGGAUACAAGUUCCUGCCGAUAUUAGGUGACAAAGUGCUAGACUGUAUGCAGGGCCAAGGUGGUGCGCUUGGCGAUAAAUGGAAAUGGAAGAACAUCGACGACGAGACUGUUGGGAAGGAAACGAAUGGGAAAUUCAAGGGUCUUGUCACGAUGGAUGGAAGUCGCGGAGGAGAUCCUGGCAUGGUGUUGGCGGAGGAAUUGGGCAAGAAAUCCGCUGCCAAGGUGGCAAAGCUAUAG